UUUUUUUUUUUUGAACAGAGAUUUUUUUUUUUUUUUUUUUGAAAAACAGCCCAAAAAGAUUAUUUAUUUAUUUAUUAUUUAUUUAUUUUGUUUUGAUAAAACCAAAACAAAAUUUAAAUUUUAAAAAACAAAAACUAUAGUAAUAUAAACCCCUCAAAUCUUCCAAACCGAACUCUCUCAUUCAAAUUUUUCUUCCCAUUUUUUAAUCUAAUUAAUUUCAUGAAUCCUCCUUUCUUCUACGCCGGCAUCGAGCUGCCGCCGCCGAACUGGAUCUCUCCACCACCGGACGAUGCUGCGGCGAUCGGAGCAGUUGAGAGGAUCGUCGGCUACUGCUUUAAGAACAAGAGGCUUUUAUUUGACGCUUUGACCCACUCGUCGGCGGGGGUGCUGAUGGACUCCACGGCGGCGUCGGCGUCGGCGUCGUACCAGCGGCUUGAGUUUCUAGGCGAUGCCACGUUGGGACUCGCCGUCAGCAACUACGUCUUUCUGGCUUACCCUGACAUUGAUCCCGGCCACCUCUCAUUGAUCCGCUCCGCCAAUGUGAGUACCGAAAAGCUCGCACGCGUGGCCGUGCGACACGGCCUCUAUCGCUACGUUCGCCGUAAUGCUGCAGCUCUUGAUGAAAAGGUUAGGGAAUUUUCCGAAGCUGUAUGUAAAGAAGAACAUGGAGUUGCACAUGGUGGGUCAAUAAAAGCACCUAAAGUUCUUGCUGAUAUAGUAGAGUCUAUAGCUGCUGCUGUAUAUGUAGAUGUCAAUUUUGAUCUUCAAAAACUCUGGGUGAUUUUCAGGGGUCUUUUGGAGCCAAUGGUGACACUUGAAGACUUGCUACAACAACCCCAACCAGUGACCAUGUUGUUUGAGCUUUGCCAAAAGCAUGGUAAGCAAGUUGACAUAAGACAUUGGAGAAACGAGUCCAAAAACGUGGCGAGUGUGUAUGUAGAUGGCAAGUUUGUUGCGUCCGGUUCUUCAGAGCACAAGGAGAUUUCUAAGCUAAAUGCUGCUAAGUUAGCUUUGUGCAAGCUUUCGAAAUCACUACCGAAUAAUAUUGAUGGUUUGUCGCAGAUCAUGAAUGGUAUUAAAGAGUCAUUUGAAAUUGAAGGUGCGAAACAGAAGCUACAUGAACUUUGUGGCAAGAAGAAGUGGCCUAAACCAACUUUCAAAAUGGAGAAAGCGGAAGGGCCUGCACAUGAAAGAACAUUUGUGUCCUCUGUUAAAAUAUCAACUGUAGAUGGUGUACUAUUUAUGAUGGGAGAUGGAAAAUCAAGAGUAAGAGAUGCAGAAAGUUCUGCAGCUUCUUUGAUGAUCCGCGCCUUGCAAGAAUCCGAUAUACUUUGAUGCAGCGCUUCCUUCUUCAUCGUUUCCAAUCUCCAACAACUAAUUGGGUCAAGGAUCAAGUAUAAUCGGGAUGUUCAGGCUUUGCUUCGCGUCGCAGUGAAGCAGAUAAGCACUGUAUUUAUACCUGGAAGUGAAAAAAAAUCAGAAUUUAUCAUUGAUGUUGUUGCUGUCAACAAUGUUGGGUUCAUUCCCUGAUUUUUAAUUUUUGUUAAAAGGUUUUAUUUGUAGGGUGCUUUUAACCUCAAAAUGAUAGAUGUUGAUGAUGACAUGCCUGAAAAUUUAGACAAACUCAAAUAUUGAAGAUUGAAGUUGCAGAGAUUAAUUUCGGAGAUUGUAUCGGUGACAUUGUUGCAGACAAUCCCAAUUCAAAGAAGGAAGCUUUCUCUCCAUUUGACAAGAGCUUCAUCUUGUGUUUGAGGUUAUGAAGAUGUGAUCUUAAAUGGAAACAAGAGAAUAAUGAUGAUGGUGUUUGUUGUUUUUGUGUGAGAAUUAAAAUAAGUUGUUAAUGAUUGAAUACAUGACAAAGGUAUAUAAGUGCAUUUUUGUUUUUCGAUAACACUAUAAAAACAUCUCUAACUAUACAUUUUGAAAUUUAAGAAUCAUUUAUAGUUUUUAGUUUUAUGGUGGUGUUGAACAUUUUAAUAGCAAUAUUCUAUUAAUAUAAAUGAUAGUAAGUUAUAUCA